AUGGUCUCGUCGAUGCACAACCAUGUUGGCGCCAUCGCGGAGUACGUCUCGGAUCCGGCGUUCUGCCCGUCUGCGUGGGUCGAAGGCGAGCUCGCGGGGCGCCCCGGAACGUCUGUUCGUCUUGCGCUCAUCAUGAUCAUCACCGGGUUUGACCAGCCGCAGAUCACGGAAGAUUUUUCACACGUGAUGUUGGACGACGCCGCCAAGUGUGUCGCUCGGGCAUUCACGGCCGAUGUUAAGGCGCAGAUUCCCGUCGUCAACCGGCGAAAUGCCACCCGUUACACGUAG